GGUAUUUGUGCAGUGGAGAGCUCUGAACUUGCGAAGUGGCAGAGGACAGGGAGCUGAGCGCGCGCUACGCAGCACUGCGUCCCCCUUUACGCACGGUGACGCGCACGCUCACCGGAGUCGCCGCUGCUUGACUGCCGCUCCUCCUGGAGAGAAUCGCACAUGAGCGCCCUGACAGACGCCAGUAGACCUUCACCGACGGACCACCGUCAGAGAGACUGAGGGAAGCUGUUGAUCUCCGGUUUUUUCCCUCCACAGCUCCAUUCCACACCCUGCGCUUCUCUGGAUUACAGAGAGAGGAGCGGCCAGCCUCGGCGCAAAUAACUCCUGAAAACCAUGCACUGGUGGAUGAAGUUAGUGUUGUUGUAUAGCUGCUGCUUUGGAGCAAGUGCAGACUUCGAUGGCAGGUGGCCGCGACAGAUGGCGUCAUCCAACGGCCUGUGUCGAUACGGAGCCAGGGUGGACUGCUGCUGGGGGUGGACGCGCCGCUCGUGGGGUCACUGCCAGCCUCUCUUCGCCUUUACUCACAGAGUAGUCGGGAUAAGGUGCCAGCCCCAAGCGGUGUGUCAGCCUGCCUGUAAACAUGGAGACUGUGUUGGACCAAAUAAGUGCAAGUGCCACCCCGGCUUCACCGGAAAGACCUGCAAUCAAGAAGAAGCGUUGGACCAUUUAACUCAGCCAGUAUGGACCAGUCACCUUCCUAUCAUUCUUCCUGUGGACCGUCAGCCAGUGACAGAGGACCUGAAUGAAUGUGGGCUGAAGCCGAGGCCCUGUAAACACAGAUGCAUGAACACGUUUGGGAGCUACAAAUGCUACUGCCUGAAUGGCUACAUGCUGAUGCCUGAUGGAACCUGUGGAAAUGCUCGGACUUGUGGCAUGGCCAACUGUCAGUAUGGCUGUGAAGUGCUGAAAGGGGAGGUUCGAUGUCAGUGUCCGUCACCAGGGCUACAGCUGGCUCCGGAUGGAAGGACCUGCGUGGAUGUGGAUGAGUGUGCAGCAGGGAUUGCGGUGUGCCCCAGGUUCAGAAAAUGCAUCAACACCUUUGGCAGCUACAUCUGCAAGUGCCAUGAAGGCUUUGACCUGCAAUACAUCAAUGGAAAAUACCAGUGCUUCGAUGUGGACGAGUGCGUUUCGGGUCAGAGCCACUGCAGCAGCUUCGCCAACUGCUACAACACGCCAGGCUCCUACAAGUGCAAGUGCAAAGAUGGCUACAGGGGCAUGGGACAUGACUGUAAACCCAUUCCAAAGGUGGUUAUUGACCCCCCAAGACCUGGAAAAGUACCUCCAAAUCAUCACAACCUCAUCCCAGGUUUUGACCACAAAAGAACCACCACCACCCGUCCACCUGUGACUCAGAAAAAAGUCUACCCCAUUCGCCCUAAAUCGACCACCAAAGCUCCUCUGCCUCCCAGUAAGGUCACGCCAUCCCCACGCAAGCCUGCAGUUCCCACCCGAAAGCCCUUCGUGCCCACCAGAAGGCCGUCAAUACCCACACGCAAGCCCUUGAUCACACCAAAACCAGCCGCUCCCACAAAACCACCACUGACUCCACCUCCAGUCACGCCAGUGGACAACACCAUCCAGAAGGAAGUCACCAAAAAGCGAGGGGAUGUGCAAAUCCCUCGGAACCAUGACCAGAACACUGUCCUCGGCUCCGACUUUGACAUUGAACUGGGCAACACAGCAGAUGAAGUCAGGGAUGAUCCAGAGUCGGGGUAUCUGAGCUGCUCCUUUGAUGAUGGUCUUUGUGGGUGGAUCAGGGACAAAGAUGGAGACCUGCACUGGGAGACGACGCCUGAUCCAACAGGUGGGCGUUACCUUACCAUUCCUGAAGUGGGAAACAAAAGGACUGGACGAGGAGCCCGACUAGUUCUUCCUCUCACCCCGCCCUGGAAUGAUGGCAAUUUGUGCUUGUCCUUCCGGCACAAGCUAGCGGGUCACCAUGUGGGAAUGCUUCAAGUGUUUGUGAAGAAAGGAAAGCAGUACAGUCCUGCGGUGUGGGGCCGAACAGGUGGUAAUGGCUGGAGGCACACCCAAAUCACGCUGUGGGGUACAGGCCUGGAAAGUGUGAUCCUAAAGGGAGAGCGUGGGCGUGGCAGAAGCGGAGAAAUGGCAGUUGAUGACAUCACCUUAAGGAAAGGCACUUGCACAGAGGAACACAAUCUCAGGAGACUCUGAUGUCCAGAGAAGGGCAGCAAAAAAGCUAGAGGGACACUCAACUUAAAGGAGAACUGACUCCGUUGUGACACCCCCACCCUCUCUCUGCCCGGGCCCUCACCUGUCCCUCCAUCAUCACUCUGACUAUGAAUGGUAUCUGAAAGCUAGUUGGUCAGCAGAAAACUGGGUUUCUUUUAUUUGGCUGUAUAUGAACAAAAAGUACUGAAAUGAUUCUCAUGGACAGAUCCCAGCAGCACCAUCCUCUCCAAACGUUGUUCUGGUAAAUAUCAGGGAACCUGCCCCGCCGACCCCCAAAAUCCCGGCAUAACAUGAAACAAGGAUCCAAGUCACUCAUUUGUUUGGAGAAUUGUUCCAUUCCUUUGAAGCCUGCUCUACCAAACCUUAAUGUUUAUAUGUACAAGUCUAUUCCUUUAAUAUUCUGGGAGGUGAAGCAUAAAAGCCCAUCUCUUGAGAGUUGUGAUCAGGAAAAUGUAUGGUUAGUCUGAUGACAGGAAGUUUAACAAUUGUGUAAAGAAAACGUUUUUUAAAUCUAAAAACUCAUUUAAAAAGUACUGUUUGUCAAAAAACCUUUUUUCUUCUUCUAUACAUUUAUUGCAACAUUUGUUCUGCUUACUGAAAUGAAUAUUUCAGCUCAAGAGAACCCAAUGCAGACAUUUUUUUUACACUUUUACACACCUAAUGCUUCAGUUUUUCCACAUACUGUAUAAUCUAAGCAGUACUAAACAAACAUAGGACUGUAUAGAUAUGCGAAUAUCCGUUUAAUGCCAACUGUAAAAUUAAUCAAUUUGAAAAUUAAAUGAAUUUAAUUUACAAUUAAAAUUAAUUUACAGUUUUAGCAGAUUUAGACAACUUUUCUAACAUUUCAUCACAUUUCAGUCACUCUGACAAUAGACAACAGGUGUCAAGUAGAAACCUUACUGGUUUAAGUGCUUAACAUGAAUCUAAACAUAAAUGUUCAAUGUUGAAUCGCUCUGGGAAAAUGUCAAAUUUAAAUGUUACAUCUAAAUGUAUAUCUAAUUGCAGAAUCAUCUUUAGUAAUAUUUUUUACAACAAAAUAAUAAAUUCAAGUGCAAAGUAUUAAUGUAAUUAAAUGUUAUGUCUAAAUGUUAAUUUUAGAUUUACAUGCUUUUUGUUAAAUCUAAUCCUAAUCGCAAAACGCAGCAAAGCAUAAUAGUGAUGUGUAUGUUUUAUUAAAAAGAAAUGUAAAAUUACAAUCCAAAUGAUUAAUGCACACAGACAAGUUAAUCUUUAAAUCUAAGUAGAAAUGUUUAGAAAACGAAUUAUUUAGGCUGCGACCGAAGAAGCUUUGAUGGGGGGAGAACACAGCUGGGUGUUUUUGCGCAAUUUCUAAAACAAACAUUCUGUCAUAAGGGUUUAUUCAUCAGUAGAGUGCACCUUACAGCCCAUCACCUCCCUAAUGGCCCUAUAGUUUGAUCCACCUAAAGUUUUGCAGAAGACCUGAAACCGAAGAGUAAAAGAAAAACAGCUUUUCUCAUUGGAUUUCUUCAACGGAUUGAAUCUUGCAGUCCAUAUAUCUUCUAUUAUGUCUCUUUAAGUGUUCAUGUGCUUAGUUACAUUUAAUUUUUGCUGUGCUUAAAGGUCCACAGGUGUGGGUUUCCUGCAUUGGGCCUCACAACAUCAGGCUUCUUCAAAUGGACAAGGUCUAAUUAACAUAUUUUCCUCAACAUUUAUAUAGCGAUAAAAAAUUUAAAUUAAACAUUUGCGUUUAUAUUAUUAUUUUUUUUUACAUUUACAUUUUUAUUGUGUUUUAGGUUUAACAUUUACGUUUACUAUUAUGUAAAUGAUAAAUGUGAAUUUAUCUUGAGAAAUUAACAUUUGAAUCUAAAAAUUGAGAACUCUAAUUGACAGAUAUUCAAUAUCUAGUGUGGAUUAACAUAUAUAUGAAUCUGCCUUCAAAGUUACAAUGAACUUUUUAAUUCUUGCCUAUCUAAUGAAUUCACAUUCAGUAGAUAUGUUUAAGAUUCAGGAAACAGUGUGCUUUAAAGUAACAAAUAUAAUAUUUAUCGGCUGUAAUUCAUGUAAAUGUGAUGAAAAUGUGACAAAUGGGAGAAAAGUUGCCUAUAUCUUUUAAAUCUAGGGUCUAAUUUGAACUAGCGGAACUUUUCCUUUCCACACAUUGUCACAUUCAUUUAUGUUCUUGCCUGGCAGAGGAAUGAUGAGGAGGCACAGGGUUGUAUUUGUUUUGGUUUGCACUUUGCACGGAUGAUAUCAGUGAUUUAACAUGUGGGCAGUAUUGUCAGUAAAAAACAAGCAACCCAAACCAAAACGGUAAAGCUCAUUAUUACAAAGUCCUGUUAUAGUAAUCUAAUAAUAUACAAGGAACGACAUCCCCUUGAAGCUUUCUGUCUGCUUUCGAGAUGUUUUUCCUACUUUUUCUUCACAAUAAUUCACAAUAAUUGAGAUUUGUGCUGCAGGCCUCAUAAUGCACUGUUUAUGUUAUUUACUCUUUUUGCUUUCCUACUUUUUCAGUCGCAUUGUAGUAAACCCCAUUGGGAUUCACUUAUAAGUGAGACUAUAUUUACAGGUGGGCUGCUUGUUUGGUUUAGAUCGUUGGUCCUUCUAACCCAGCAACCCCCCUGUUUGUUUUCCAGCUUAGCUGGCUCACCUGCAUUGAGUGUGUUUGCCUAAUGAGCAUUUGAAACCAAAUAAUACAACUGAUCAGCAGAAAGUAGUAAUGUUGGCUGGAAAACAAGCAGAGCAGUAGGGCUGGAGACUGCUGGUCCUGAGUUAAGAUUGACUUUCACAGCUGCUCCAAUUACCAAAUUGCACCACAAGAAGUCAGAUGAUUGUUGUUUUGAUUUAAAAUCAGUUAACGCCAACCUCUGAGACAUCAAGCUUUUGUAGCUGUGGGAAAAUGGGGACCUCAUCACCACUGAGAUGACCUCAUCAUAAGCUCGUAUGAAACUAUCCCAAGGUCUUCUGAAAGAUUUUUAGAAUUAGCUGAAUUUUGGUCAGGCUGCACGAGAAGGAUCCCAAACACACAAGCAAAUAGAAGGUCUACCAGAGAACAGUGAAGAAGGUAGCGUCAAGGUAUAUUGAAAUGUGAUCUCCAAGAUGUUCAGUGUUGUUCAUGAGUAAAUGCCAAAAAAAAAACUCAAAGCAUUACAAAAGUAAUGUAAAAAUGUUAGCUGGGUUUCCCAAAUUACCCCAAGAUUGAGAUUUUAUACACUUCAUAAAUGAAGUUAAUUUAUUGCAAUAGCCUUUAUAAUAAUGGCUUGUUAUUCACAUAAUCUGGAAAUUUGACAAAGAACUUUUUAUUGAGUCAAAAUUAAAAAUUGUUGGAUUAUUUGUGGUGAAUGAUGACAAACAUGUAUUUUUUUGAUCAUAAGUGGUUAAAAUAUCAACUCUGAAAAUCUGAAGUUUAGCAAAAAAAUGUCCUGUGGUUUUGUGGAUUACGGUACCCGGACGUCAAAUUCAUAAAUGUUUGAAAAGCAGACUUAUGACCUCAUAUUCUCUUAAACAGCUUUUAUGAAGUUAAUUUUUUACACAUGCAAUCAACACCUUCGUACAAAUUUGUGCAACAUUUUUUGUACCUAAAUUAUCAAAGAUCUACUAAGAAGCCCAUUCUAGAAGCUGACCUGCUGCUGAAGCCCCCCCCCAAAAAAGUUAGUUUACUAAUAUCAGAUGCCAAAAUUAGGUACAAAAAAAUCAGUUCAUGAUUUAUUAUUUUAUUUUAGAAAUAUUUAGUUCAUUUUUUAUUGUGCUUUGUUAUAAAAAGAGCAUUUGUUAUACAAACAAUUUUUAAGCCGUCACAAGUGGUGAACUUGUAAAAGUUGUGGUGUGUACAUACUUUAUGAAAUCUCACUCUCUGUGUAGUUUAUGUGUGAUCUAUAUUCAUGUAUGGAUAUUUGAAUUUGUAGCUAUUUAAACUGCUAAUUAAAAGACAAAUGUAAACCAUAAAAUGAUGAUGUAGUAUGAUGUGAAACUAGAUUGUUCAACUCAAUCUUAAAGUAGUUUUUUGGUUUUGUGUACACUUUAUAAGCACAAAAGCUGAGUUUUUGCAGAAAAGAGUUUAAAAGUAAAUACCUUGUACUACUAAUAAUUAUAGUAAUAUACGUAUAUGUGUAUAUAUGUAUAUAUAUAAUUCUCUUCUCUCUUCUCUGCACAUUAAAAAACAACAAAAUAAUAAAUAGUAAAUUCUCUCCCAUCAUAGUGCCGCUGAGACUUUGAGGGCUACAGCUCCUCACACGUCUCACAGAUUGCCCUAAAACUGAGCAGCUGUUUGUGUCCUGCCUGUCUGUUUCUCAUCCAGUAAUAAUGGAAAAAAACAAACACAUUUCUACGUCUUCUGCUGCAGCUAAACAUAUAUCUGUGUUACUUUUUCACCAGAACAGAGCUCCCUUGUUUAUUGCAGGAAUUGUGUUAAAAAAAUAACCCAUGAUCGGGAAAUCCACGGAGUCUGAUUACAGACGGUUUGUGGCUGUAAAACUCCUCACUGCCUAAAUACACUUUUCUCAGACAGACAUGAACGUUUUAACACUUUUUUCUUGUUUAAAUUCUCAUGACUUACUCAUAACUCAAAUUGUCAUUUCAUUUUUAAAUCAAAGUUGUUUUAUGUGACUCUCUGCUUUCUCCCGAUCUAGAAAUCGCUAUCAAGUUUUCAAGAUUUCAUCCCAAUAAAACCCUUUGGUGCACAUAAUUUUGCAGUUAAUCUGACUAACAUAUUUAAAAAAAUACUCCUUUGUGUCUUUAAACUAAUUACAGUCAGAAAAAGAAGUUAAUCUCAAGGUCAGGUAAAGACAGUAUCAUAUAAAGAUCCCUUUGUCUGAUACUGUCUUUAUCAGUGUGAUAAAGAUAAAGACAGUAUAAUGUCAAGAUCCCUUUGUGCUCCAUUCUGCACCUCAAGCUUGCACACAAAGGCUAGAACUAUAGCAAUGACCCAUGUGACCCCAAAAACAAACAAUUGUAUUACAAGCAGGUAGGAUUUCACAAAAAGCUGAAAAUAUCGUUUUUGCUCAGUAGAACAUAAAAUAAAAACUUACAACUUU